CCCAACCCCAACGGCGGCUUCUGCGAGGGUCGCUCGUUCUCUGCCCCAGCUUGAGCCUUUGGUCUCCAGAGCCAGGUUUACAUUUUGAAAACUACUUGAAUAGUCUACCAUCCUGCUGGACUGCAUUUCUUUGCAACAUAGAAUGCCUUUCUGAUUAGGAGUUUAUCUGGUGGCUAUGAAUCUUUUUCCUGGAUAUACUUCCUAUGUUUCAUUGGAAUCCUGAAGCUCUUCAGGGCUGUUGUCUAUACAGAAGCCAGACUCUCUAUCAUACUUGUUUAAAGAGUUUAGAUUCUGCUAGCAAUGAGUUCUCAAAGCCAUCCAGCAUACUGCAGUUGUUUCUGGACUUGCCUGUUCAGGGCCGUAUUUCCACUCAAAGGUUCACAUUGUUGUCAGUAAAUAGAAAAUAAAUGAUGGACUUUCUGGCAGGGACCAGCCAGUAGAAUUGCUAAAUCCAGCCAGAGUAAACCAUAUGCCAAGUUCUGUUGAUGUGACCACAACCCUACCCUUGCAAGUGGCACCAUCUGUAGUCCCGAUGGAUCUCCGCUUGGACCAUCAGUUCUCCAUGCCAGUGGCAGAGCCUACUUUACGGGAACAGCAGCUCCAGCAGGAACUGCUGGCCCUCAAACAAAAGCAGCAGAUCCAGAGACAGAUCCUCAUAGCAGAAUUCCAGAGACAACAUGAACAGCUCUCUCGUCAGCAUGAAGCUCAGUUACAUGAACACAUAAAGCAGCAACAGGAGAUUCUGGCAAUGAAACAUCAGCAAGAGCUCUUGGAACACCAGAGAAAGUUAGAACAGCAUCGGCAGGAGCAAGAAUUGGAGAAACAGCACAGAGAACAGAAACUACAGCAGCUUAAAAACAAAGAGAAAGGAAAAGAAAGUGCAGUGGCAAGCACAGAAGUAAAAAUGAAGUUACAAGAGUUUGUCUUAAAUAAAAAAAAAGCUUUGGCACAGCGGAAUCUCAACCAUUGCAUUUCUAAUGACCCUCGCUUCUGGUAUGGGAAAACGCAACACAGUUCUCUUGAUCAGAGCUCUCCACCACAAAGCGGUGUAUCAGGCACUUACAAUCACCCUGUACUAGGGAUGUAUGAUUCCAAAGAUGAUUUUCCACUCAGAAAAACAGCAUCUGAACCCAAUCUCAAAUUGCGAUCCAGAUUAAAGCAGAAGGUUGCUGAAAGGCGCAGCAGCCCUUUGUUACGACGAAAAGAUGGUCCUGUAGUAACAGCUCUUAAAAAGCGUCCAUUAGAUGUCACAGACUCUGCAUGCAAUAGUGCUCCAGGAUCUGGCCCUAGUUCUCCAAACAAUAGUUCCAGUAAUAUAAGCACUGAGAAUGGAAUUACUGGAUCAGUUGCAAAUAUUCAAGCAGAGACCAACCUUGCUCAUAGACUUGUGAAUCGUGAAGGCUCAGUCACACAGCUGCCUUUGUACACGUCUCCCUCCUUGCCCAAUAUAACGUUAGGGCUGCCUGCCACUGCUCCAUCCAGUGGGGGAUCAGGACAGCAGGAUGCUGAAAGACUUGCUAUUCCAUCACUACAACAACGAAUCUCCAUAUUUCCUGGCACACACCUCACUCCUUAUUUGAGCAGUACUGCGGUGGACAGGGAUGGGGGAACUGCACACAGCCCUCUUCUUCAACAUAUGGUCUUACUGGAGCAACCAACUGCACAAAAUCCCCUAGUCCCAGGGCUCGGGACACUCCCCCUCCAUGCACAGUCCCUGGUGGGUGCAGACCGGCUCUCUCCCUCCAUACACAAACUCCGGCAACACCGCCCUCUGGGGCGCACACAGUCUGCUCCUCUUCCCCAGAAUGCACAGGCCCUCCAGCAAUUAGUGAUCCAACAACAGCAUCAGCAGUUCCUGGAAAAACACAAACAGCAAUUUCAGCAGCAGCAGCUGCACAUUAACAAGAUGAUACCAAAAUCAAAUGAGUCUUCCCGCCAGCAUGAAAGCCAUCCUGAAGAGACUGAAGAAGAAUUACGAGAACACCAGGCGUUUUUAGAGGAACCAUAUAUUGACAGGAUAUCGAAUCAAAAAGAAGUUCAAGGGUUGACCAGUAUGGUCCAGGUGAAGCAAGAACCUCUUGAAAGUGAUGAAGAUGGAGAAUUGCAACAAGAUCUGGAGCCGGGGCAGAGGCAAGCUGAGCAGGAGCUGCUAUUCAGACAGCAAGCCCUUUUGCUGGAGCAGCAGCGCAUUCACCAGCUGAGGAACUACCAGGCAUCCAUGGAAGCUGCUGGCAUCCCAGUGACGUUUGGAGGCCACCGGCCACUUUCUCGAGCCCAGUCAUCACCUGCCUCUGCUAACUUCCCCAUGUCUGUCCAGGAGCCACCCUGCAAGCCACAGUUCACAACAGGCCUUGUGUACGACACCUUGAUGCUGAAACACCAGUGUACCUGUGGAAACACAAACAGCCAUCCAGAACAUGCAGGAAGAAUCCAGAGCAUUUGGUCACGUCUUCAGGAGACAGGCCUUCGUAGCAAGUGUGAGUGCAUUCGUGGAAGAAAAGCAACUCUAGAAGAGCUACAGACUGUUCAUUCAGAAGCCCACACACUGCUUUAUGGUACCAACCCUCUGAACAGACAGAAAUUGGACAGCAAGAAAUUGUUAGGCUCUCUGGCAUCAAUGUUUGUCAGGCUCCCUUGUGGUGGUGUUGGGGUUGACAGUGAUACAAUUUGGAAUGAAGUACAUUCAUUUAGUGCGGCUCGCCUUGCUGUUGGCUGUGUCAUUGAGCUUGUUUUUAAAGUGGCUACAGGAGAACUGAAGAAUGGAUUUGCUGUAGUUCGACCUCCUGGUCACCAUGCAGAAGAAAGUACACCUAUGGGUUUUUGCUAUUUUAAUUCUGUGGCAAUUUCAGCCAAGCUUCUCCAACAGAGAUUGAAUGUGAACAAAAUCCUUAUAGUGGACUGGGAUGUACACCAUGGAAAUGGUACUCAGCAGGCUUUCUACAAUGAUCCUAAUGUUCUUUAUAUUUCACUACAUCGCUAUGAUGAUGGAAACUUCUUCCCAGGCAGUGGAGCUCCUGAUGAGGUUGGCAUUGGACCGGGUGCUGGAUUCAAUGUUAAUAUGGCAUUUACUGGUGGUCUUGAUCCACCAAUGGGAGACACAGAAUACUUGACUGCUUUCAGAACAGUAGUAAUGCCUAUUGCUAAUGAGUUUGCUCCAGAUGUUGUGCUGGUAUCAUCUGGUUUUGAUGCCGUGGAAGGUCAUCCUGCACCACUCGGAGGUUAUAACUUAUCGGCAAAAUGCUUUGGGUACCUGACGAAGCAGCUCAUGGGGCUGGCCGGAGGACGGAUCAUUUUGGCCCUUGAAGGAGGCCACGACCUGACAGCCAUUUGCGAUACAUCUGAAGCAUGUGUUUCUGCUUUACUAGGAAAUGAGCUUGAUCCUAUUCCUGAAAAGGUAUUACAGCAGAGAGCAAAUGCCAAUGCAGUGCAUUCCAUUGAAAAAGUUAUUGAAAUACACAGUAAGUACUGGCACUCACUCCAGCGUUAUUCCUCAACAGUCAGCUAUUCUUUGGUAGAUGCACAGAAGUGUGAGAACGAAGAAGCAGAAACUGUAACAGCGAUGGCGUCGUUGUCAGUGGGAGUCAAACCACCACCUGACAAAAAGUCAGAUGAGGAGCCCAUGGAAGAGGACCCUCCCCUGUAGCCCUCAAGUUUUAGGUCGGAGGUGUCCUGUUCGUUCGUCUUGUCCAGAAGCUCUGCCAAGAAGCUUUCUCUUGUUACUCCUGCACUGGUUUUCUUCCAGACUACAGAAAGGCAGCCGUGCAUGAAAGAAAGCUAAAUCUCUCAGUAUCUGUACAGAAUAUGUUUGUGGAAAAGAAAAAAUGCAGGUGAAGAGCAAAAUAUGAAAGACAUGGGCACUGAGCAUUCUUCCUCUUUUCCUAAACGGAAGCCAUGAGAGGCAAGAAGUCAGUGAAGUAUUUGGCAGAGUUGCCAACAUAUUUUUUUUUAAGAAAUCAAAGAUUUUACACAGAUGUGACAACUUUCAUUUAAAACUGGUGCUUGAAGUUUGAUUACCCUCCAUUCAGACCACUGAGACCAUAUUGUAGUUUUGUUUAUGUUUUAUUUUUGUGGCUCUUGCCAACCUGUGAUUCAGACACUCUCUUCAAAACCCAAACAAUAUGAGAAGGUAUGGUUUUUUUCAUAUGAAGGGUGAAAAGAGAACCAAGCUUUUUAUACCUAUAUACAUACAUGCAGACUAUAUACAUGUGGAGAGGAAGAUCAUAAAACAAGGAAGAUCGCCCAGAAAGGGGAUCGGCUUUAGCAUCUCCAAAGCCAUCUGAAGAGUUUGUGCCUUUUAAAAACAUAGUUUGGGUUGAUUUUGGGCAGCUGGUUUUUUCUGAUGUUUUGAGGAGCAAUGCCUUAAAGAAAAGAACUUUGUAGCAGUUCCUUGGGCAGGGUAGGCCAAGGACUGCCAUCAGCAAGAAAGGCUCUAGGAUUUCUGCUAGCAUGAUAUUACUUAAAGCAAGCAAUGGCCGGAGUUUCUCCAAAACCGUCUACAAGUUUGGGUUUUGUUUUGUUUUGUUUUGUUGCUGUUUAAAAUUAAAAUUAAGGUAGUUGCCAGUAAUGUGGCAAAUACUGUUGGGUUUCUAAAAUUCAACAAUUAAAAAAAAAUUCCAACAUCUUCUCCCAUACGUUAUGUAUAACCAUUUAAACUAUGAAUUUGGUUGUAAAAGCAUGCAUCAGACAGAAUUGCAGUUUUUUUAAAAAAAAAAUUGGAAUGCUUUUUAUUAAAAGCAACUAGCAUGAGUUAUUGCUUAAUAUUUUAGGUAUAUAUAUGUGUGUAUAAUGUAUAAUGUAUAUUCCAAAUGUAUUCCAAGCUUAGAAACAUGACUCUUACAAAUUAUUGAUAAAAUAUUUAAAAUGCAUUUAUACAAAAUAUAUAAAUAAAUGCAGAUUACAAUGGUAGCCAUUGGAAGUUCCCUUGCAAAAGAUUUAUUUGUGAAUUGGAAUGUAAGGGUUUUUAGAAAAGGAAUCUAGUUUGAAAAUUGACCAUUUUCAAACUGUAGUUUGGAAUGUUUUCAGAAUGCCAACAUUUUAGCCACUGGGCAACUACCCUAAACAUUGCUAUUUUAAUUUAAGGUUUUUAACUUUAAUCCUCCUCAUAAAAAUGAGUUUCCUAGCAAAUAUGUAUUUGCUGUUGCUUUAUUUUAUAUUGGUUUUCAUAAAAGCCCUGGAACAGCCUUAUUUGCACGAAUUUUCAUUUUUACUUUCCAUUUUACAGCUGUGUUUCCAAACAGCCGUCACAUCUGGACCUGCGUCAUUGCCCCUUGCACGCUGGAGUUUGUUUGUGUUAAGACUUUUGUAUAGUCAACAGUUUUCAUGGUCAUGUAGGACGGUUGCAGAUGUUUAGGCUUUGUUUUCAGAAAGCCCUUUUCACAAAAGGAAGGAUUCACAAGGUCUUUUUUUUUAUAUCAGGAAACUGAUUGUAUAUUUUCUCCAUUCUUCAGUCAUAGUUGCUAUGCUACAUUAAAAAAAAAUAAGGAGCUUUCUUACCUUAAAAACGUACUAGUAUUAUAAAGGGUGAUGUAUCAUAUAUCCUCAGUAUGGAGUGUGGCAAGGAUUAUUAAAGGCAUUAAAAACUUAAAUGACCAUAUUGAAGGUCUGCCAAACUCUGUUGGUGCAGUUAACGCGAACACAAACACACAGAACCUUUCUUGAACCACUCUGGUUGAGUAAGUCCUCUAAAAGACUAUUUCACAGUGAAUAAUAAUAAUGAUAAUGAUGAUUUAAUUAAUUCUUGUUGGCUGGGAGAGUGCUAAUCUUCGCCACCAUUUCCUUCCCCCCCCUCCCCCAUUGCCUUUUGAGGUGAGGGGAGUUGACCCUCAGAGUAAGUAACUAAACUUUUAGUAGUGAUAUAAGAUGGCUGGAGAAGACUGAAUUCAUGUGUUCUUUUUCAAGCAGUGUAGGGUAUAUUACAUGUCCCUCAUCUGGAUUACCAGUGGAAUUUUAAAGUUUUUCCUUUUAAAAAUUUUUGUUAUGGUAACUGACAGGGUCACAUUGUAAUAACUUAUUUUCUUGUUCUGUUUUUUCUUCUUCAUUCCAUUAAGAGUGGAGUUCUGAGAAUUUAAACAUAAGGUGCAGGAGAGGGUUUUAGAGUUUUAUUUAAUGCUUGAUAUGCAAUUUUUAAGACAGACACUACAACAUUUGAGUUCUUGCUAACCCAAAUACAUUCAAAUUUAUGAAUACUUUUUGGCAUUAGAACUGCCACGAGCAUACUCUAAGAGUAAAGUUUGACAGGAAAGAAUAAAGUGUAUAUUUUAUAAAAUGACUACCUUGCUGCUGUGAUCUAAAAAGAUUUUUGCUGAUUCACUUGAUGUCAUAUUUUGUUAAUUUACCCCUUUCUCACUGUUGAAAAAAGUGAUGCAUCUAUAAUCACUUAAACCUAAAAUACAUUUUAUUUUCAAAACCAAAUUACAUCUUGUCAAAAUAUGUACUUCAUUUGUUUCUUGCAAACAAAUUGCUACAUCAUUGUCAGUGCAAAUCUUUCUAAAGUCACAAACAUCUUUGCUAUUCAGUAGUCUAUUCUGCAAUGUAAAACUCUUGGGUCUGUUUAAAAUGGUAGCUGCAUAACCUCACUCUGGGUUUCCUUCUUCAGUCCGGACAUAGCAGAACCAGAACAUUGCAUCACGACAGUUGGGGAGGUACCACUGUAGCCUUGAUUUUUUUCUAGAUGUUUACUUAACUAGGACCUGUUGGGAAUGCUUGUGAGCUCUGUGAAUAAAACAAAGAAUCCAAGCUGAUUUAGGCAAUGUACCUGUAAUGUCCACAUUUUUAUAUACUACAAAAGUGAGGUACCUGAAUUCCACCAGCAAGAUACUAGAGGUUGUUUUUACUAACCCAGCUUCCAAGGUAUGGGGUGGUCCUAUCACAGCUCUUCUCUUGUAGCAGUUUAGAAACGAAGGAACAUCUUAAAUCUAUAUUACCCAGAUGUGAGUACACAGUACUAACAGUUUAAUAUUUGGGGUUUAUUUUACUUUCAAUACACAAACAUUCCUUUUUAUUAGCCAUGUACUCAUUCCAUUCUUCCUUUUGUAAACUUUUGGGCCCACAUUUUAUGGGCAUUGAUAUAUAUAAAUAUAUAUAGAUAUAGAUAUAUAUAUAUAUAAAAUAUAUAUGAAUAUAUUUUUUUAAGUUUCCUACACCUUGAGGUUGCAUGGUCUGUUAGGUUGGCAUGUCUUUAUAUUGUAUACAGAUUUUGCACGCCAUACUUGGCAGCUUGGGGGGCGGGGGCAGAAAUCCCCCCUAAUGGCAUUAGCAAGAGAUAAAUGGUUGGGAUGUUUUCUGUCAGACAAAUUAAAAAUUAGGAGCAUGAAGGGGGAAGUUUGUCUUACUGAACUUACUAAGGACCUGUGGGUUUUAUUGUAAAAUAAUAAAAAAUACAAAGGACUUAAACAUUUGUCAUUUUAAGAAAAGAAAAAAAAUCUAGCACUUGUGACAAACCAAUAGAGUUUAUUGUAUUUAUGUCGAAAUAAUGUUCUAGGGGAAACUACACAGAACACACAAGUAAACUGCCUGUGUCAUUUUUUUUAAAAAAAAAGGGUGGGGGGGGGAAGAGGAGUUUGUUUUCCUUUAGGCAGGGAAGGGAUAAGGCAGGCACAAACCCUAUGCCAACUUCGUUUUGUAUUAAUUCUCAGAUGAAAAUGAUGAGAACUUUAAGAGUUAACUCUUCAGCACAGCUGUGUUAACAUUUUUUUAAUUACUUGGAAUGAUGUAUCAAUAGAUUUCACUUUUAAGCAGUGAUGUACUGUGCAAACACUGUGGUUUCAAACACAACUUUAUAUCAGCAGGAAAUGAAGUGUCUUCAUAGUGAUAGUUGAGCUUGGUUUCCUCCCAGCUUCACCUUGUAUUUGAUAUUGAUUAAAAAGAUUCCUAUUGAAUGAACGAAAAACAAAGAAUUUUAACACUUCUGGUGCUCUACAUUGGAGGCAGUGAUAUAUAUAUAUAUAUAUAUAUGGGUUGAAAAACUAUUCACCCAAGAGCUUAUUACAAAUAUGUAGUACCAAAAGUUGUAACUCUUAUUAUAUUCUGCUUUAUGCCUAUACAUGCUCAGUAUGUUGUCACCAUUGGUAACAGCUACCAGUUUAUUCUGUAAUUUAGACACAGUUUCACUCUUAACUGUAUGAACCCUUUAAGUGAUGGUAGCCUAUUCUUUGUACUUAAAUUUUCUUAUGACCUGUUUACUUUACUUGGUGGAGUUGAAAGUUUUGGGUUAUUUUUCCCCUCUCUCUCUCUCUCUCUCUCUCUCUCUCUCUCUCUCUCUCUCUCUCUCAUUCCUGUUUUUGUUAUUUUGUUUUACUUGUUUUUUACUGGCCAAUGGUGUCUUUCUCUGACAAUACCAACUUCAAUUUCAACUUUAAUAGAAGUCCAGUAUUUUGUACCACAUUAUGACAACUUGUUAUUCUUGUGGUGUAAAUAAAAAGAUAAAGUGAAUUAUA